AUGGAUUUGCAGACCUGGAUCAGCGAUAAGCUUUAUGAUAUUCUUGGGAUGUCAGAAAAACACACAGUAUUUUAUAUUGAAGAAAUAUCAAAAAAAGCUAAGUCUCCAGAAGAAAUUUUAGAAAAAUUGACUGACUAUGAAUUUCCUAAUGACCAAAAAACCUUAUGUUUCGCUGAAGAUCUAUUUGCAAAGCUAUCUCCAAAAGAAACAAUUAUUUCGUCUUAUCAGGCAAGCCACCAAGAAGCAAUAGAGAAAAGGCAGAGAAAUGAAGCAUAUGAAUUAGUGGAAAACGAAAUUGACCCUGAAACAGACAAAAGAGAAAGAGACGAGCUUCACGACCGAAUCAAAAAGCGCGUCAGGUCGAAAAAAGACAAGAAGCAGAAACACUUAGAAAUGACAGAAGAAGAAAGAAGGGAAACAGUCCAACAAAUGAAAAGGCUUUCAAGAUGGAAAUAUCUUGAACAGAGAGAGCCAAGGCAAAUUGAUCUGUUUAAGCGGCAACUAGAAGAUGAAGAAAGAAUCUUCAAAGAUCAGGAGCUUACCGAAAGAGAAAUCAAAGAGCAUGAGCUCAACAAGAAAAUCUUCGAAAUCGCACUAGAAAAAGCCAAAAAGCAUGAAGAAGUAAUGAGCUACCGUCUUCCUGAUGCUUAUGAUGAAGAUAAAGCAAAUCCACAGCAAAGAUUCAAAGUCCUUUAUGACCGAUAUGUAGAAGCCAAGCCUGAAGCAACUGAACAAGAACUUUGGGAACAAAAACAAACAAACAGAGCCAUUUUUCGAUAUGGAGCUAAAGACAGAGCCCAGCAGAAAAAUUAUGAACUCUUGCUUGAAAACCAGGUCAACUUUGUAAAGGAAAAUCUGAAGAAAAUUAAAAGUGAGUCAAGUGGCUCUGAGUCUGACAGGCAAAUUGAAGAAGAGGGGCCUCCAAUUCAGAAGGAAAGAAAAGGACUCCCAAUAUUUGAAUACAGGGAUGAGCUGCUUGCUGCUAUUAGAGAUCAUAAUGUUUUGAUAGUUGUAGGAGAAACUGGAUCAGGUAAAACAACACAAAUUCCUCAGUAUUUGCAUGAAGUAGGGUAUACUAAGUAUGGGAAAAUUGCUUGCACACAGCCAAGAAGAGUUGCAGCUAUGAGUGUGGCGGCAAGAGUUUCUUAUGAAUUGGGCGUGAAACUUGGCCAUGAAGUAGGCUAUAGCAUCAGAUUUGAAGAUAAAACUUCAGAGAAGACAAUUAUUAAGUACUUAACUGAUGGAAUGCUACUAACCUCAUUGGUGAGAAAAAAAAUCUCUAAAUUUAAAAAAAUCUAUAUGCAAGGAAUAAAAGCCAAUUAAAUUUAUAUUUAUUACGAUAAAUAUCACUCAUAUCAUAUAAAAUGAAAAAAAAUUCGCUUACUAACUCCCCCCCCCCCCUCCGUGAGCGAACAAAAAAAUUUUGUUCGCUCACGGAGGGGGGUUAAUUUUUUUUUUUUAAAAAAAAUUUAUAUAUAAAUUUUAUAAAAAAUAUUUUUUUUCGAAAUUUAAAAAAAAUCCUAAUUUGCAAAAAUUGGGAAGCAAAUAUUAAUUUAAUUUGCAAAAUUUAUGUUUUAAAACGCAAUUUGUUUAAAAUUAAACAGAAUUAGCUCUAGAUUUCAUUAUACUAAUUAUCACUUAUAUAUCAAAAUUUUUUUCCAUUAAAAUUUUUUCUAUUAAAAAAAUUUUUGUUCACUCACGGAGGGUGGGUUUUGGUCAAAAAAAUGGCGAUUUUUCUAAUGGUUUUGUUCGCUCACGGAGGGGGGGGGGGGGGAGUAAGUGCAUUCCCCAAAAAUAGCCAAUGGUUUUGCUCUUACAGUGAAGGAGGAUUAAGAGAAUUUAUGGUUGACCCAGAGCUGAAUUCUUAUUCUGUUGUUAUGAUUGAUGAAGCCCAUGAGAGAACUCUUCAUACUGAUAUUUUGUUUGGGCUAAUUAAAGACUUGGCAAGGGCGAGAAGCAAUUUGAAGGUACUGAUUUCUUCUGCAACAAUGGAUGUGGAGAAAAUGAGUAGCUAUUUCGAUGACGCACCAGUAUUUGUUAUACCAGGACGAAGAUUUGAAGUCGAAAACUACUAUACAAAAGCUCCUGAGGCUGAUUAUUUAGAAGCAGCUGUCAUCACUACUCUCCAAAUCCACGUAAGCCAGCCCCCAGGUGAUGUCCUGGUUUUUCUUACCGGACAAGACGAAAUAGAGCAAGCCCAAGAAAUGCUACUUACACGAACUCGAGGGCUGGGCACCAAAAUUGGUGAAAUGAUCAUUCUUCCAAUCUACGCUACACUUCCUAGCGAUAUGCAGGCACGAAUUUUUGAGCCAACCCCAGAAGGUGCCAGAAAAGUAGUGUUAGCUACAAAUAUUGCAGAGACUUCUCUGACUAUCGACGGGAUUAUCUAUGUAAUUGACUGCGGCUUAUGUAAGCAGUCUUCUUAUAACCCAAGAACAGGUAUGGAAAGUCUUAUUGUCACUCCUAUAUCUAAAGCUUCUGCACGACAACGAGCUGGUAGAGCAGGUAGAGUUGCACCUGGGAAGUGCUUUAGGCUGUAUACUUUAUGAUCAUAUGAGCAUGAACUUGAAGAAAACCCUAUCCCUGAAAUCCAAAGGACUAAUUUAGGAAACGUGGUGUUAAUACUCAAGUCUUUAGGGAUUGAAAACUUAGUCAAAUUUGAUUUUAUGGAUCCUCCAGCUAGUGAAACACUUAUAAGAGCACUAGAAGAACUUUAUGCCCUAGCUGCUCUUAAUGAUGAAGGAGAGCUCACGAAGCUUGGCAGGAGAAUGGCAGAGUUUCCUAUUGACCCAAUGAUGUCGAAGUGUAUUAUGCAAGCACACAAAUAUGGCUGUGUAAAUGAAGUGAUUACUAUUUGUUCAAUGCUGAGUGUUGGGAAUUCUAUAUUUUAUAGGCCAAAAGAUAGAGCGCUCCAUGCUGAUAACAUAAGAAUGGGGUUUGCCAGGCCAGGCGGAGAUCAUUUGACAUUACUUAAUGUGUAUAACCAGUGAGAGGAGUCAGAUGGAUCUUCUAACUGAUGUAAAGAAAUGUUUAUCCAGUAUAGGUCAAUCCAAAAAGCAAGCGAUAUAAGGGAGCAGCUAUUGGAAUUGUGCGAAAGAGUUGAGGUAGAAGUAAACGAAGAUCCUUGUUCUGAUUGCAAUCUAAUCAUAAAGUCAUUCUGCUCUGGCUAUUUUUUUAAUACAGCAAGAUUGCAUGCUACAGGACUAUAUAAAACUGUGAAAAAUCAGCACAGUGUGCAUGUUCAUCCGAGCUCUGUAUUAUUUAAAGAUUUGCCUAGGUGAGUAAUUUAUCAUGAAUUAGUGCUUACUACUAAAGAAUUUAUGAGGCAGAUUAUUGAGGUAAAUCCACAGUGGCUGUUAGAGCUUGCCCCUCAUUAUUUUAAAGCUGAAGAUUUAGAAGAUGACUCGUUUAAGAAGCUUCCUAAGAAUCGUCACAAAUAA